AUGCCUCAUACCUCGCAACACGUUGAAGUACAAUUAGAGAUUGGCCAUAUAGCAACACCGAAACUGGAAUCAACAUCCGAUGGCCAUACACAUGAUUGUUUUCCUAAACCAAAAAGAGUGAUCAAAGAACCGCCAUAUGAAAUAAAAGAAUCUGGAUAUGCAUCAUUCGAGUUGCCUAUUGAAGUUUAUUUUCGUAAUAAAGAAGAACCGAAAAAAAUUUGUUUCGAAUAUGAUCUCUAUAUUGAAUUGGCUAAACCAGUAGCGAAUACAAGACGUGAACGUUUAACGUUUCAGAAUCCUAGCAUAGAAUUUAAGAAAAAAUUAUUAAAAGGUUGUGGGAAUGUGAAUUGA